AUGGCGGCCGCUGCAAUCAGGUUAAUCACCCUGGCAGGUGCCAGACGGGCCAUGCGCAGAUGGUUCCGUCGCGGCUCCCCACCUGGCGGCAGCUCGGACGACGAGGCCGAUGGCGCCGACGACGGAGCGGCAGUUCCUCCGUGCCCCCCCAACACUCCUGCUGAAACCUCGCUGGUCGAAGAGGAGAGCGACGAGGACUCUGGUCGUGACGACGAAGCCCCGGACAUCAGCGACUCGGACCCCAGCCUGGGCCACGACGACAGCUACGACCAGGACUUCUACAACGACGACUCCACCAUGAGCCUCAAUCUGUUUGUGCCCACGGUCAACGGCAUGCACCAGCUGACCUCUGCCGACGCCGCUGCGGCUGUGGCUGCGGCUACGGCUGCGGCUACGGGCGACCAAGAGCAGCACCAGGACGAUGAGAUGCAACAGCAGGAUGAGAGCGCGAACCUUGCCUCUACCUCUGCCACCACCGUUGCCUCUGCCUCUGCCCCUGGUGAUGGCAACGAUGUUCGUACCCUCACCGAGAAGCUCAGCAACGUCGACCUCGCUGGCUCUGGCGCUGGCUCUGGCUCUGGCACUGGCACUGCGGCCUCUGUCGACAACGUCACUGCCGCGGUCAAGCAGCAGCUUUCUGCUCCGGGCGACAUCAACGCCAACGUUGUCCGCUUGGAUGACCCCGCCGUGGUUGCUGAGCGUGCUGUGCACCUCAGGUUCAUCAACGAGGCCUUGGACAUGGCCAAACUCGCCCUUCGCACCAAUGAGACUCCUGUCGGAUGCGUCAUCGUCCACAAUGGCGAGAUCAUUGCUCGUGGCAUGAACGCGACCAACGUCACUCGCAAUGGCACCCGUCACGCUGAGUUCAUGGCCAUCUCUGCCCUGCUCUCUGUCGCCCGCAAGGACGGCCCCAAGACCACCUCUCUCAAGCCCACUGUGCCACCCAAGAGGCCCAUCAAGGGAGACAGCUCGUCCGAUAUCUCUUCCGUGGAGUGGCGUUCUCCCGAUGAGGGCAAUGAAGAUGGCAGCAAGAGCCACCUGUACCCCUAUGGUCAAAAGAUGAUCCCCAAGGAGCGUGUCAACGGUGCCAUCUUCCGUGAGUGCACUCUUUAUGUCACCGUCGAACCCUGCGUCAUGUGCGCUUCGCUCCUUCGCCAGGUUGGCAUCAAGAAGGUCUAUUUUGGUGCUGUCAACGACAAGUUUGGAGGCACCGGCGGAGUCUUUAGCAUCCAUGCCAACUCCAACCCCAUCCGCGAGGAUGGCCAAACGGCCAGCGCUCAUCCUCAGCCCGUCCCCGUCCAGCAUCCUGAUGGAGGAGGCAGCCUUGGUGUCUCGUACCCCCCCGGUGGCGGCGAUGGUGGCAACAUUGAGCCAGGCUACGAGAUUGAGGGAGGCUGGGGCCGUGACGAGGCCGUGGCUCUUCUCCGUCGCUUUUACGUUCAGGAAAACGGCAGAGCUCCUGUUCCACGCAAGAAGGAAGGCCGAGCCGCACGCUUGGCUGCCAUGAUGGAGCAGGAUGGACUCUCGCUGCCCGGCCCGGAUGGCGCUGGCAAACCUGCUGUGGCGUCCGCUGUUGCUGAUGACAAGAAGGAGAAUGUUGAGCCGCCAAAGGCUCAAGAAUCUCUCAAAGGCAAGGAAGUCAUGACCGAAGCGGCUGCCGAAGAGGUGUCCAACGAGGCUACCGAAGCGGCCACCGACUAG